AUGGCUCUGGCAAGUCUUGAUACUGAUAUAAACCAUAUAUAUCUGCAGAUAUCUCCACUGCAUCUGAAACCUCCUUUCCCAGAGAUGUCAAAAUGGGACCUUCAGUCUUUUAUCCAGUAUAAAAAAUCUAGCUUGACUCGGCAUGCUUUACAGCAGGUGGAUGAAUCUCUGGAAAAUGCAGUGUGUACAGGAGGCCAUUCUUUCCUUGCAUCUUUGAAGGAACGAAGUGGUUUGAAAGAUAAGAAAGAACCUGAGCAUGGAGUAACUGGUGCCGAUGAUGGUGAUGUUUCACAAAGAGAUUUACUGGAUGAGAAUAUCGCACCACUUAACAGGAAAAGAAGGGCCACUAGUGAGAACCUGACAGAAGAUGUGUCUGAAACCCAUGUAGAGUUAGUCAAGAAGAAUAAGCAUGACAUCAUUUCCCAUGAACCGAAUGUAGGUGAGAAAGUGAUAUCUGCGGCUGUUGAUGCACAAUUAGCCGAUAAGACUGCAGAAUAUGUGAAGCACAGUGAGGGAAGAAGAUACAGUUUGGGAAUGGAGUCUUCUGCUCGGGACGUGGAUAUGGACAGACCUUCUAACGAAAUUGGGUGUACUUCACCGAAGGGGCUUGGUGGUUCUAAUGAAGUUUUACCAUGUGAGAAGCAGGUUAUUCGUUGUGACACUGAGCCGAAUAAAAAAACUGAGGCUAAGAGUGACCAUAUUGACGACAUUGAGGGAGAAAAAGGUGACGAGGAAGUAGAAGAAGUCAAUCUCUUUGGCGAUGGGAAAAAUGAUGACCAUGUUGAUAUAACCACAAUGGAAGCAAAGGAACAAAAAUCCUUGACAACAACUAGAUGUAGAGAUCAAAAUAUGGCAGGCACAUCCACGAGAGACAGUGGUGAAGAAAGGUGCAGUUUAGGGAAGGAGGCUGAUGUAGAGGUAUUGGAGAAAAGUAGACCUAUGGAAGAUGUUAAAGACAUGUAUACUUCAUUAAAAGGUCAUGUUACUCGUGAUGGAGUUUUGCCUCAAGGCAUUCAGGCUCAAGAUUUGGUACCACCAUACAAUGACAAUUUUGAUGGUGAGGAGAGACAAGAUCGCGACAAUGAGAAUCCUGAAGGUGAUGAGAGUGUUCUGCGUGGGCUCAGAACAACCAAUGAAGACGCGAAUCGAUUGCAACUAAGUGUUUUGGGGGAUCUCCCAAAUAUUGGUGAAAAUGAAGAUGUCGAUAUGUCUACUGACAGUGAUGGAUGCCAUGACGAGAGGACGAAUAUUGCUACGCAGAAGGAAACAUUCUUGAACUCCCAAUGCACAUACAGUCAAGAUUCUUUGGCUACAACUGAUUGGAGAGGAACUAAAUUUUGUGUCAAAUGUAACUUGGGCGAACAAUUACUGGUUUGUGGUUCAGAUUCCUGUCCUCUAGUGAUUCAUCAGAGCUGUUUGGAUUCAGAUGCUGACUUUGACCCAACUGAGGAAUUUUACUGCCAGUUUUGUGCAUAUUCUCGAGCAAUUUCAAAGUACAUGGAGACUAAGAAAAUUUUAUUCUGCUUGGGGACCCAAAAUGGAUCAGGAAAACAGUCUCGGAAGUUAUAUAAGGCGAAUGAAAAUAAUUUGGAUCAGGAUGAUGGAAGAAAAGUUGUAGCCUCAACCAAUACCCAAUCUCCGGAAGAAGGUAGGCAAUCUUUCAAAUCUCAGAAAGCUAGUGGAGAACAACAGAGACCUGCAGUGGAGAUUGACAUAUCUCUGCGAAAAAGUACAUCCGGCCAAGUUAUUGAGGGACGUGGUAGGAGUGAGAAGCGUGCCGAUAUUGGAUCCAAAAGGGGAACUUUGCAUUCACCCGAAACAGACUUACCUCAUGGAAACAAAUCUUCGCGAAGCUCUCAGUCCACUGACGUGGAAGAAACAUCAGAGCAAGAAAAUGAGAACUCAUGGGCCUCCAAGAACUUUGUAAGAGUUCGAAAACAAAAAACGAAACCAAUUAUGGAGGGGAUGAGGGUACACUGCCCACACUACAAAUUAAUUCAGUGGAAGAAAAUUCUGGAACAUGGGGCCGGUGUCUUCCAUCAAUGUCGUAGCACGGUUGAUCUCAAAAAUAAAUGGAGGAAUUUGUGCAAAGCUACCCCGAAAAGUUCACAUCCAGCCAUUCCUCAACUGAGACGGAAAAGAAUCCCCUGGACUAUUGAAGAAGAAGAAAAAUUAAAGGAGGGGAUGAGGGUACACUGUAGCCCACACGACAAACUAAUUCCAUGGCAGAAAAUUCUGGAAUAUGGGGCCGGUGUCUUCCAUCAAUGUCGUAGCACGGUUGAUCUCAAAGACAAAUGGAGGAAUUUGUGCAAAGCUACCCAAAAUAUUCCCACUGAAGUUCUCUCUUGUGAUGAAAGACAUAUGUAA